AUUAAGAUAUAGUAUUAUUGAAUAUUAUAGUGAGUGUCAUGAAUUAUCAUAUAACACCAAGAACAGAUGUUAUAUUGUUGUGGACUGCAAGCAACGCAACGCAACACUUGGUGAGAAAAACGUGGAAAUGAAAAAGAGUAAAGGCUGUGGCUGAAAAAUCAUGUAAGAAACAGUCCUAAACCCAAUUUGGAUUGGUUAAUUGAUUCUACCGCUUUUGAUUUCGAUUGCGAAUAUAUUUAUAUACCAACCCAAACAAACAUGAACAAGAAGAAAGCUCUCUCCAUUUUGUUGCGCGCCAGAAUGAAGCCUAACGAUCGCACCAACCUUCCUCUCACUCAGAACGCGACGACGAGUAAAAUUCAGCAGCAGAACGAAUCGCAAGGAGAACGAGAUUCAUCGAACAAUGACUCCGUCAAUGCUGAGAGGGAAUUUAAGCGUGUCCAUACGUCAAUGCAUUCUGCGAUAUCAAUGAACAAAACGGAGGUUCUAGAUGAUGUGCUAAAUAAUUUCUCAGAGGGUUAUUUUAGCCUUUCGCGUGAAAAUCGUCGCAAGUUGCUCCUUGUGCUUGCUAGAGACUAUGAUCUCAAUAGGACACGAGUUCGUGAGUUGAUUAAGCAGUACCUUGGGCUUGAACUUCCGGCUGCAGAUAAAGCUCAAGUGAGUGGCGCUGAAGAAGGGUUGUUUUCUUCGUUCUACCGCAUUGAGUGGAAUUUGAGGCAUGCCCUACAGCCAGUUUAUGAAGUUCUGUUUGAACGUCUCAACACUCAUCCUGGAGGGUUGAGGGUCUUAACCCUUCUCCGAGCUGAUAUCCUGUCCAUUCUUGCAGAGGAAAAUAUUGCAUCUCUGAGAGCAUUGGAUUCUUAUUUAAAGGAAAAACUUAGCACGUGGCUUAGUCCUGCUGCCUUAGAGCUUCAUCAAAUAACAUGGGACGAUCCUGCUUCUCUGCUGGAGAAAAUUGUUGCUUAUGAAGCUGUGCAUCCUAUUAGCAACCUCCUAGAUCUUAAAAGAAGGCUGGGUGUUGGCCGUCGCUGCUUUGGAUACUUACACGCAGCAAUUCCUGGUGAACCCUUAAUAUUCAUUGAAGUUGCACUACUGAAAAAUGUAGCUCAGACUAUACAGGAAGUUUUGUGGGAUAGUCCUCCUAUAUCUGAAAUUGAGGCAAAAUGUGCAUUGUUCUACUCCAUAUCAUCAACUCAGCCUGGCUUAUCAGGGAUCAACUUAGGCAAGUUUCUUAUCAAACGUGUUGUAACCCUGGUGAAAAGGGAGAUGCCACAUAUUUCUACGUUUGCAACUCUCAGUCCCAUCCCAGGAUUCAUGCCAUGGCUCUUGUCCAAGUUGGCAUCUCAAGCGGUGCUUGCUGAUGGAGAUGUCUCACAACCACUGGCCGAGGGAUCCGGUUCCACAUUCUAUGAGAAUAUACUUAAACCAGAAGAAGAAGAAGCACUUAUGGGUUUACCUAAAGAUAUUGCCAAGGGAACAAAUGGAAUGGAAGUUCUGUUCAACUUGCUUACUUCGACAUCCUAUAAGUGGAUUCAUUCGCCAGAAAUUCUGUCAGCAUUAAAACCCCCGUUGAUGCGUUUAUGUGCCAGAUACCUUCUGCAAGAGAAGAAAAGAGGAAAAGCCUUGGACUCUGUCGCAAACUUUCACUUGCAAAAUGGAGCGAUGGUUGAAAGAAUAAAUUGGAUGGCAGACCGAUCAGAAAAAGGUCUUUCUCAGAGUGGAGGCAUCAUGGUGAACUAUGUCUAUUGUCUGGAUCAAAUAGAAGAAUAUGCUCAUUCAUACUUCAGCAAUGGCGAAAUUCAAGCUUCAAGUGAUCUCCAGCGCUAUGUUGAGCCAGAGUGAUGAGUAAUCAUGAAGUCUGCCUGAUCAGAGUCUACCGGAUGAUUUUACCAAAAAAUGUGGCACAAAUGCAAUUAAGUCUAAGAAUGGGGAUUUUUGUUUUGAAAUUAUUAUUUCUGUACAGAGAAUAGAAGGCAGCUGAUUAUGUAUCUAAUCCAAUUCAUUGGUAAAAUGUGACAGGAGACAGAUUGCUAAAUUGCCGCGUGUUAUUUGGCAAUCCAGUUCAUUAAUGAUGCAGGGGCUACUCUUGCAAAAGACAUGGGAGAAAAGCUACGAUAAAUAGUACAUACUUGGUAAAGUAAAAAGUUCAAACUAUACAAUAUGUCGUAUAAAUACUAUACUGACAAUAUACCCUUCCCAUAGUGAAGAGUGUGCAACUGUUAUUGAAACUUAAUUGUGUAUUGGUUGGAGACUAUGAAAUGUGAACUGUCACUGGAAAUUCUCUCUUGAACAUCGAGGACUGGAAAUAAUAGCUGGUUGUUGCUUGUUCUA